CCCAACACUUCCAAAAUGCUCGAAGCGUGCCAUCACUGCCGCGGUGUGACAGCCGAGUACACCUCUUUGAUACGAGAACAGUCCCGUACGACCAGAUCUUCACAAGAUAUUGGAGAGGUUGCGCCGGGUCGUUGGGAAGGUUGGGGACGGGACGUUCGUGGAAUCGCCGUUUCUGCCGGAUUAUGGGUGUAACGUGAUUAUUGGAAACAAUUGCUUUUUUUGAUUGUAACCCCACAAUCCUCGACACAAGCCUCGUAGCAAUCGGCGACGGGAGUACAAAUCGGCACAAACGUGAGUAUCUUCAGCGCAGGCCACGACACGAGCGUCCUUUAGCGAUAGAAGUUCGUCGAGUUUGGACACCCAUUUUCAUCAUGAUUGCUGGAUUGGUAGGAAGAUGGUUAUUCUUCUUGUUGUGCGAAUCGGACGCGGGUCGACUAUUGGGGUCGGGUCAAUUGUUAUGAAGGAUAUUCCGGCUUUUUCGGCGGCUGUGGGGGGCCCAUGUCGGAUGAAGAAGACGAUUCCGUUGUCAGAGGAUGCGGAUGCGGAGAAUUCGUAUCGAAACUUGGUAAGAGAUGAUAGGAGGGUGUGAUGGUGGACAAUGUCGUGUGUUUAGAUGUAAUCUAUUGCAUUGGUAGUUUCCAGGAUCUAG